AUGGAGGGAUUAAAGGUCUCAGACGCGGAAUUGAUUGUUUACAUUCAUCCUUCCAAGUGCGGAAACGAGGUUCAGGCGAUUUAUCGCGAGCUCAGUUCUCUUCUAUUCCAGUAUGAUGAAACAUUCGAUGGGGUUCUAUUGGGUUAUGAUUUUACUGUGGAAAGCAAACAAGCUAAAAUCCUUGCGGGGCUUACUCCUUACUUUGGCGUUAGGGUAAACGCAAAACUUCUGCUUUUUGAUCCAAAGCCCAAUAAUUUUGUUGAAGGGAAGAUUGUGAAGCUUUCAGCAGAGUCAAUCCAUGUUGUUGUUCUUGGGGUCUCUGCUGCAGUCAUAACGGAUAUUGAUAUCCGUGAAGAGUUCAAGUACAAAAUGAGAGAUGGUGAAGGCUGCUUUGUGAGCAGAUCGCAUAAACGUCAUGUUCUCAAGAUUGGAACAAUGUUACGCCUUCAGGUCGAAAGUUUUGAUCAAGAGGUGAUGCAUAUAGCUGGAUCUCUUGUUCCGGCUAACACAGGCUGCGUCAAGUGGCUGGAAAAGCAGUCUAGAGAAGCUUUGCAUAUGGAUAGGGAUGAUCAUAAGCGGAGGAAAAUCGCCUGA